AUGGUUGUGGCUGCAUUCUGUUUGAUCUGCUGGCUCACAGCAGCAAAGCCGCCAGAUGUCCAGCAGAACAGUGUUCGCCAAAUCUGGGAGGAUUCCGCGCUCGGACAGAAUCGUGAUCAACGUGGGUGCCUUCAAGCAGCAGGCUUCGUUUGGUGCGAGGGUGCAGGAAAGUGCAUCCGACCGUGGAAGGAGGCUUGCCCUGGGGGUACGGACUUCUGCCGCACUUACUGUGCGCAAGGAGCUCAAUAG